AAAGAGAAAGAGAGAACACUGAAAAUUACUGAAGAGAUUCUAGAACCAACUAUACAGCUAUACAUUACAAGGCUUUGUGCAGAAAUGUCUACUAUUACAGGGAAUCUGAGGAUUGUGCUGCUGGGCAAAACUGGAUCAGGAAAGAGUGCUACAGGAAACACAAUUCUGGGUAGAAAUGCAUUUCGUGAAGACUUCAAUCCAGAAUCAGUUACUCAAGAAUGUGAGAUGAGAAACUCAAAAAUAGGUUCAAGGAAUGUCGCCAUAAUUGACACUCCAGGACUGUUUGACACAUGGAUGGGUGAAAAGAAGGAUGUGAAAUCUGAAAUGAUGACUGAAGACAAACUGAAGGCUAAAAUAGCGGAGUGCAUGGCGUUGUCUGCUCCUGGUCCUCACGUGUUCCUGCUGGUCAUCAGACUGGAUCAGAGGUACACAGAUGAAGAGAAGAACGCAGUAAAAUGGGUUCAGAAGAACUUUGGAGAAGAAGCAUCACGCUACGUCUUCACUCUCUUCACUCAUGCCAAAUAUCUGAAGAAUAAAACACUGAAGGAUCAUGUAGAAGAGAAUGAAGAUCUGCGAAACUUUGUUAUUAGCUGCGCCGGCAAAUAUCAUUCAUUAGAAAAUGACCACAGAGCAAAUCGGUCUCAGGUCAAAGAACUACUGGAAAAGAUGGAUAAAAUGGUGGAGAGGAAUGCAGGAAAGUACUACACUCGUUCUGUGUAUACACAUGUCCAGAGAAAAUUAAUCUUUGAAAAAGUAACCAAUGGCUUGUACAGUUUUUCAAGAAAAAUAUUAACAUUCAUAGUCGCAACAAUAGUUGUAAUAGUAGCUAUGGGCAUCUGUAGGCUAUUAGUUCCUACUGCUUGGAAAUGAGUUUGAAAUGAAGGUUGAUGUUAUGAAUGAUUAGAAGCGUGUCACUUUUGUUCAUUUAGGAGAAAUGUUCAAAAAUGUUCCCACCAGAGGCUUUGAAUGAAAAGAAAAUUUUCUAGUACUGCACAAAGAACUUCUUUAUUAGGUCUGAACGAAUUAACAUUUUAAAAAGCUUGAUUGUAUAUUGUUUUUUUUAACAAAGUAACACUCAUUUAUUUGUAUUUCUUAGUGCAUCUGAAUAAAAAGUCUAUUAUUUCAUAAUCGUCUUUGAUAAUGUGUUCUUUGCUCUCAUUGAUUUCAAAACUGGA